GAAGAUGACUGCUGUUGAUACUUCAUUAAUCAUUAAUCUAUGGACUUUCGGUCUUUAUUGACUUGCUUGAGAUAGAUUUCUUAAUAAAAUACACUAUUCCAAACUUUGAGAAAAAAUGAGGAUUCCCAUGUUGAGAAAUGUCAGCAAAUCAUCCUACAUGGAAAACAUAUUUAGAUUUCUUACAUCUGAUACCACAAAUAAACCAUUAAGUCCAAGAAUGAAGGAAUUCAAAGAAAAAUUGAAGCGAACGCCACCAAGUUCAGCCGCUACAGUAGCAGGUGACGUACAUCCUGAUCAAGAUAAAAAUCCCUUUCCUUCAUUCCCCAAUGAUAUAAAUCCAAACACCGGGGAAGUUAAUGGACCUAGAGGUCCUGAACCUACAAGAUAUGGAGACUGGGAACGCAAAGGACGAGUAAGCGAUUUUUGAUUUAUAAUACAAAUUUGAGGGAAAAAUGUAGACCUUCUACAUAGAACAAUCUUGAAUAAUUUUACAAUAUUUUUCAAAUAUCAGAUUAGUAUUAUAAAGUUUCAAUAUAUUUUAAAUAGAUUCUGCAA